UCUUCAUCAUCUUCAUCAGCUCAAGCCUUCUCCAUUAGCAAUUACAUCAAACCCUUCUCCCACCCUUCUUGAGUUCAGUUCUCUUUGUUUCUUAACAGGCCAACAUGGGAGUUGUCACCUACUCGCAGGAGAUCACAAGCGUCGUUGCACCAUCGAGGAUGUUCAAGGCUUUGUUCCUUGACUCCCAUAUCCUACCCAAGAUUGUUCCCGGGGGCAUCAAGAGCGUCGAGUUCAUCGAGGGAGAUGGCGGAGUUGGUAGCAUUAAGCAAACCAACUUCGGUGAAAGCUCCCAUAUCAAGUACACGAAGCACAAGAUCGAUGCUCUCGAUGCAGGUAGCUUUUACUGCAAAUAUACCAUGAUCGAAAGUGACAUCAAGUUCGACAAGAUCGACUGUGUUGUAGAAGAAGUGAAGUUCGUCGCUGCUGGCAGCGGAUGCGUCUGCAAGAUGACCAGCGAGUACCACGUUCAGGAAGGUUGUGAGCUCAAGGAAGAGGACAUCAAGAAGGGUAAAGACAGAGCUAUGGGAUUGUACAAGGCUAUUGAGGAGUACCUUGUGGCUAACCCCGAUGUUUGCGCCUAAAUGCUAUUGUCAAGAUCCUUUCGAGACUUCUGUUUUCCCUUUGGCUCUGCCUCGGAGCUUAUGAGAGAGGAAAGGUUUUUAUAGUGUGAUUUCUAUGUUUUAAAGGGGUUUGAUUGUUGUGUAAGGCCAUGCCAAAAAAUAAAGCUUGAAGGAGCAAUGAGCAAUCUAAUAAAUUAUGGAUUUUGCCCAAGAAAAGAUCUCCCUUUGGGGUCAUGAAGGUGAAUUAAGGUGCGUUAAUCCAAUUUGAUUUGUUAAUAUAAAAUCUUCCCACUAA